AUGGCAUGGGAUUGGUAUGUUGAGCUCCCGGAGGGCGUCAGAGACUUAGUAGACUUGGCGGGGUUUGGCCCCUUCUGUGUCGGGUUGUCACGCUGUCCUGCCAGGAGGACCUUGAUGGCAGCUUUGGUAGAGAGAUGGUGGGACACCACCAAUUCCUUUCAUUUCUCUGCUACCGGGGACAUGACUAUGACCCCUUUUGACUUUGCUGUAUUGACCGGCCUUGAUGUCGGAGGUUGGCCCAUCCCCCAUGAUGAGGAUAUGGGCGAGUGGGAGGCCGCCUGGAUGUAUUUGUUGGGGGCUCGCCCACCUGUUGAUAGGGUCUCAGGGAGAGUCAGAUACACUUGGUUCUCUUCCCAUUUUCGGCGGGCAGAGAUGGUGCCUGAGACUCCCGAGGAGACAGAGCAGUAUGCUCGUGGCUUCCUGAUGUUCCUCUUCGGGACUACCCUGUUCGCCGACAGAGGGAACACCAUUGGGCUAUACCUGUUGAGCGCUCUGGUUGACCUAUCACAGGUCAGUAGAUAUGAUUGGGGUGGCGCUGGCCUGGUUACCCUCUACUUUUACAUGAGCGCGACCUCCCGCGGGCGGGGCGACUUACUUGGCGGCUACUGGAGAGUUUGGGAGCUAUGGGCUUAUGUAUACUUCCCAUCGUUAGCCCCAGAGCUGGAGGUGGUGGGGAUUCCCGUGACCCCAUAUUCAUUGAUAUUUGAGGGCCCGCACCGGGCGAGGCCUCGAGAGACCCUGGUUCGCCUGCGGCAGUACUUCGACACCGUGCGACAUUCAGAGAUUACUUGGCAGCCUUGGGCGCCUCUGGGUGAUGAUCUCCUACUUCAGUAUACCGGAGCGUCAGGCAUCUCCCGGUAUAGGGUCCUGCUCGAAGGGCCAGUUGGCAGAGUCUGGUUCCUGGGGGAGCGCUUUCUGCGCCAGGUACGGGGGUAUCUUUCUCAGGAUGUUCCCGCGGUACCUCCAGCUAGUAUGCGGACUGCCGACAGGCUCUCUUUCUCAAAGGUAGUCGGCGCCAUGCUGGGCAGCGAUGCUUUGCUAUAUGUUGCGGAGGGGGACUACGCCACCUAUCGUCACAUAUAUUUGAUGCCUCCUUUGACAGAAGCUCGGAUCAGGCUCAGGCUCGAGCUACAGACAUCCCUUCUUCUAGCAGGGCUGGCGCGUCUAGAGGUGGGAGUAGACCAUUUCCUCCGACCCCGUCGAUUCAUCCUCAUCUGGGAUGGCCAGAUAUGCCUACUGAGUUGA